GUUUUGCAAAAAUAGCCUCUAUAUGUCGCUUUUCUAUGUUCUCUGGUCAAAUUAACCUCCUAAUUAUUAGGAAUUUUCUGAUGUAGGUUGGUACAACGAUCGCAUCCUGCACUUAUUGACGCUUCUGUAUUCAGUAAUUCUGUAUGUCACUAAUUGAGGUUAGUUUGAAACUCAGUGAUAAAAGAUUAAUUAAUCGAUCUGUAUAACUAGUUUUUACACUAUAAAAGACAAAUAUGGAGAGCGACAUCGAUUUUGGAGAUCUACGCGACGACAAACUAAUCCAACAGAAACUGACAAAUUUUCACAAUAGUGUUCAAAAAAUUGGAAAAAUCGUCGAGUUAUCGUCCAACCCAGACCUAUACGAAAAGCUGACCACAAAAGAAAAAGUAGAUUUCGAUUUAUUUAUGGCAUAUACUUUAAACACACUUUUCUGGCUGUACAUGAAAACAAAAGGAGAGGACCCAAAUAAAAGCGAGAUAAAAAACCAGUUGAAUAGGGUGAAAGAGUACAUGGUUAAGGCAAAAGACGCUAACGACAAGGCGCAUCGACCUCGAGUGAAUCAAGCAGCUGCCGCAAGAUUUAUAAAGCAUGGCAUACAUUAUAAAGACGGAGACGAACCAGAAGAGCCUCCCGUUAAAAAAAUGAAAUUGUCAGAUUAGGAAAUAAAUUUAUGAUAAAAAAAUUGUUGAUUUUGU